UAACCUAACAUAAUUAUCUCGACAUUUAUAUCGAGUUGGGUUCCCAGUUUUUUACUUCAUUCAUCAGAUAAUCAACAUAAUAAUCGUAAGCGGAAGAAGUGACAAACCGUUAGAAGUUGUUUAAAAAUUAUAUCAGCGAAUAAUUAAAACUUUGUGAGUACGGAUUAAGUUUGUUCUAAAAAAGUGAGGUUAAGUUAUACACUCAACAACGUUUUAACUACGAAAAUGGCAUACAAACCGCAAAAAGUUCAAAAAGUGAUGGUUCAACCCAUCAAUUUGAUCUUCCGUUACCUACAAAAUCGAUCAAGAGUUCAAGUGUGGUUAUAUGAAAAUAUCAAUUUAAGACUCGAAGGACACAUUGUAGGGUUCGACGAAUAUAUGAAUCUCGUUUUGGAUGACGCAGAAGAAUACUAUGUGAAGACCAAAAACAGGAGACAGUUAGGACGAAUAAUGCUCAAGGGCGACAACAUAACGCUAAUUCAAAAUGUAAAUCCUCAAGCGGGAAAUUAAUGAAUUUUUAUGUAUGCUGAAAAAUAAAGUUUGUAAUUUAAUUUAAUCUGCUAAAAAUGUUAUUUGUCGUCAAAAGACAGAUUCGGACUCAAUACCUAAAUACAACGUAUUUUAUUAUAAUUAUGAGUAUUAUUAUUAUUUGUAUAAUUCGUGACAGCGGUUGAUUGUGUUGUAAAAAGGUAUGCUGGCGCCUCGAAUUAUCCUGUUCGCCUUAUAUUUUUUAAUCAAAUAAAGAAAAUAUUUAAUUUUGUCAACAA